CCAGGACACGCCGAGGGCAGCGCGUCGUUUGACGUCACGAGCAGUUCCCGGUGCAGCGGAGGAUCAGGCCUGGGAGCGAGCGCAGCCACACAGCCGCCAACAUGCCGCGAAUCAUGAUAAAGGGAGGGGUGUGGAGGAACACGGAGGAUGAAAUUCUUAAAGCAGCUGUUAUGAAAUAUGGCAAAAACCAGUGGUCUCGUAUUGCUUCUCUCUUGCACAGAAAAUCUGCCAAGCAGUGCAAAGCACGAUGGUACGAAUGGUUGGACCCGAGCAUCAAAAAAACAGAAUGGUCUCGCGAAGAGGAGGAGAAAUUACUACACUUGGCCAAGCUAAUGCCUACACAGUGGAGAACGAUUGCACCAAUCAUAGGCAGGACAGCUGCACAGUGCCUGGAACACUAUGAAUUCCUGCUGGACAAAGCUGCUCAGAGAGAUAAUGAAGAAGAGGCAGCGGAUGACCCUAGAAAACUUAAACCUGGAGAAAUCGAUCCAAAUCCUGAAACCAAACCAGCAAGACCCGAUCCAGUUGAUAUGGACGAAGAUGAACUUGAGAUGCUUUCUGAAGCUAGGGCCCGUUUGGCUAAUACACAAGGAAAAAAGGCAAAGAGGAAAGCCAGAGAGAAACAGUUGGAGGAAGCAAGGCGCCUUGCGGCACUUCAGAAGAGGAGGGAGCUCCGUGCUGCAGGAAUAGAUAUACAGAAGAAGAGGAAAAAGAAACGUGGUGUAGAUUACAAUGCAGAAAUCCCGUUUCAAAAGAAACCCGCGCCUGGAUUUUACGAUACGGCAGAGGAAAACUAUGAUGCACUAAAUGCAGAUUUUAGAAAGCUCCGCCAGCAGGACUUGGAUGGGGAGCUGAGAUCUGAAAAAGAAGCAAAAGAAAGAAAGAAAGACAAGCAAAAUAUAAAAAGGAAAAAGGAGUCUGAUCUUCCAUCAGCAAUUCUGCAGACAACUGGCGGGGUAUCUGAACUCACAAAAAAAAGAAGCAAACUGGUUCUCCCCUCACCUCAGAUUUCAGAUGCAGAGCUUGAGGAAGUUGUGAAGAUUGGCCAGGCCAGUGAAAUCGCUAGACAAACAGCGGAGGAAUCCGGUAUCACCAAUUCUGCUUCCAGUACGCUGCUAUCGGAGUACACUGUGGCCAACAGCAGCAUAGCCUUAAGAACCCCUAAGACACCUGCGGCACAAGAUCGAAUCCUGCAGGAAGCACAGAAUCUGAUGGCACUCACCAAUGUGGAUACUCCGCUUAAAGGGGGGCUUAAUACUCCUCUUCACGAGAGUGACUUUUCUGGAGUAACACCACAGAGACAGGUCGUUCAGACACCAAACACCGUGCUCUCCACACCCUUCAGGACACCGUCUCAGAACUCAGAAGGAUUAACCCCUCGUGGGGGCAUGACUCCUAAACCUGUUAUUGGAGCAACUCCAGGAAGAACACCGCUGCGGGACAAGCUUAACAUAAACCCAGAGGAUGGAUCAGUAGAUUACAAUGACCCAACUUACAUUAAGCAAUUGGAAAGAGAAUCCCGUGAACAUCUGCGUCUUGGGCUGAUGACUCUUCCAUCUCCGAAAAAUGAUUUUGAGAUUGUUCUGCCAGAAAAUGCUGAGAGAGAACUUGAGGAACAUGACCAGGAGGAGACCUUUAUUGAGGAUGCCGCGGACGUGGAAGCACGCAAGCAGGCAAUACGAGAUGCACAACGAGCAAAGGAGAUGAAACAGAGACACAAAGCCAUUCAGCAAGACUUACCGCGACCUUCUGAAGUAAAUGAAACUAUAUUGAGGCCUGUAAAUGUUGAACCUCCACUCAGUGAUCUACAGAAAAGCGAAGAGAUGAUCAAAAAGGAGAUGAUCACAAUGCUGCACCAUGACUGUCUCCAUUAUCCAUAUGGCGACAAUGUUGGAGUAAAGAAGGGGAAAGGUCCUGGUUCUGGAACUACUAACGCAGAGCAUAUUACAUACCUAGAGCAUAGUCCGUAUGAAAAGAUUUCCCAUGAAGAUGUAAAGCAUGCAGAAGAACUCCUGCAGCAAGAAAUGGAAGUAGUGAAGCAGGGAAUGGGGCAUGGAGACCUCUCUAUAGAUGCUUAUAACCAAGUGUGGGAAGAGUGUUACAGUCAAGUGUUGUAUCUGCCUGGCCAAGGGCGUUAUACAAGGGCUAACUUGGCAAGUAAGAAGGACAGAAUUGAAUCGCUUGAAAAGAGACUGGAGAUAAACAGAGGUCAUAUGACCGCCGAGGCCAAAAGAGCUGCAAAGAUGGAGAAGAAAAUGAAAAUUCUGCUUGGUGGUUACCAGUCAAGAGCAAUGGGACUAAUUAAACAGCUCAAUGAGGUCUGGGAUCAGUAUGAACAAGCCAACCUGGAGUUACGGACAUUUGAGGAACUUAAAAAACACGAAGAUAUGGCAAUUCCAAGGAGGAUGGAAUCCCUGAAAGAAGAUGUCCAACGACAAGAGGAAAGAGAAAAAGAGCUUCAGCAGAGAUUUGCUGAAUUGAUGCUGGAAAAAGAGAAAUGUGGAUCCAGUUUUUAGUUGUAGAAAAGCCACCCUGUCCUUCAGUCGUUUUUGCAUGUGCACGCCAUGCUUUCUGUGAUGAGACCCGUACCAGAACUCAGCACGCUGUUGGUUUCACUCCUGUGUGCGUCUGCUAACAUUCAAAAAAACUGUUCCGUUUGGUGUAAGAAUUGUAUCAAGCAUCAUAAACCGCUUAGUGUUUUUGCAAUAAAUUGAUCAAACACAUCUGGUUUAAAGACUCUAAAUGGAAGCAAAGUGAAACCAGUGGAUAUGUAUAUAUUUUUAUUUUGUGAUACAGAUAAACUCUUUUUUUUAUUUUAAUUGCGUGCUCAUAAAUAUGUCAGUUGGAAGAAAUACUUGUUUGGACUCUGAGGUGAGAUAUGUAUACUGUUACUGACUGUAUAUUUGUUGGCUUUUAGGCGAUUGCCGAUUCAUUCCUCUGAAAUGACAUAGGGACAUUGUUGGAUGAGUCCUUAAUCUUAGAGAUUUACAUUUCCUGCAGAUAAUUGAUGUACAAUAAACAUACAUGUGAACUGUG